AUGAGUAACAGAGUUGGACCUGAUGAAUCUAUUGAAGUUAAUUCUAAUACAACACGUUUACAAAGAUUAUUUGAACAUUUUCGAAGGAGAAAAUUACUUUGGAUAGUAUUUCUCAUUACGUUAACUAUAAUAAUUAUAGCUAUUUCAACAACUAUUAUUUUAGUGACCGAAACAAAAAGAGAAAAAAUAACAACACCAACAGAAAAAUCUACUAUGGAAACUAUAUUGACCAGUGAAGUGUUGAUAAUAGAAGAACAAUUAAAUUCAUCUGUUAUCAUUAAUCAUAAUACGAAAUGGAAACAGAAUGCAAUUACUGUUGCUGGAAGACCUACAUUUGGAGAUCAAUCAAAUGAAUUAUUUGGACCUUUAGGUAUUCGUGUUGAUGAUGAUAAUCAUUGUAUUUAUAUUGCUGACAGAAACAACCAUCGUAUUGUUAGAUGGGAAUUUGGUGCAGACAAAGGUGAAAUUGUUCAACGUAAAAAUCAACCUGAAAAUCCAGAAAUUAUAUUAUAUUACCCAAUAGAUGUAAUUCUUGAUAAAGAGAAGAAAUAUCUCAUCAUUUGUAAUUAUGGUAAGCGACAAGUGAUGAAAUGGUCUCUUUAUAGUGCUAAUCAAGUCGACCCGGUGAUGAUACGUGUUAUUCCUUGCUGGGGCUUGGCAAUGGAUAAUAAUGGAGAUCUUUAUGUUUCUGAAUGGGAUAAACAUCAAGUCAGACGUUUUUACGAUGGCGAUAGGCAAGGUACAGUUGUAGCGGGUGGGAAUGGACAAGGAAGUCAAUUUAAUCAACUCAAUCAACCUCAUUAUAUCUUCGUCGAUAAAGAUCAUUCAGUUUAUAUAGCAGAUUAUUUGAAUAAUCGUGUGAUGAAAUGGAACAAAAAUGCAAUCCAAGGCACUCUUAUUGCUCCAAGACAAGUUUCUGACAAAAAUCCCAAUUCACUAGUUCAACCCAGAGGUGUUAUUGUUGAUCAUAUGGGUAAUAUUUAUGUGUCAAAUGCGAGAACUCAUCAAAUCACGCGUUGGUCGCCAGGUAAAAUAGAAGCUACUACUGUCGCUGGUGAAAAAGAAUCCGGAUCGGGGCCCACACAGCUAAUAAACCCUCAAAGUCUAUCAUUUGAUCAACAGGGUAAUCUUUAUGUUGUCGAUGGACAUAAUCAUCGAAUACAAAAAUUUGCUAUUGAUCGUGACUGA